UUGUACAUUAAGAUAUUAUUUUAAAAUAACCAUAUCAGUAUAUAGUUAAUUGUAUGAAAAUGGUUGCCAUUUUCUCUAUGUUAGUCAUCUUUUUAUUAUUUCCUUAAGUUAAUAUGCCUGCAGCGUGACAGCUGUUAAUAUAUUUGAAAAAUAAUAAUAGAAAAAAUAAAAAUAAUAAUUAGGAUAAAGUAUCUGCUGUCACUGUUUGACUUCUCAACCCAUGUUCAAACUGCAUGUAAGUUAUUUUCGUUAGCAGAGGAUCGCUGCGACACAUUUCUAGAAGGAUAUCUAAGUAAGUUAUAAAAAAAUCAUAUUUGAUAGUAUUUCAAAUAUCUAAUAGCUGAUUUACAGAUAUAUCUAUACUAUUAGCUGGUCAAACUUUUAAAAAAGUUGAAUAAUGUGUAUGGCAAGGACAACACAUAGCAUCUCGGUGUUCAUUUUAGUACUCCAGUAACGUUAGUUGUAAAAUUUAAAAAUGGUUUAGGCAUCUCUUCCAUGUCCAUUGCAUACUUUGAUCCUAAUGUCUACUUGAUGUGCUGCAGAUCUCUUACCAAACCUCAUUUCUAAGAGCAGAUUGAGUGUCAUCUGAAGUGAGAAUUAGAAGCUUUAGAUACACAUGGCCUCAAAGUCCAAGAGCUCAGACUGGCAUCUUCGUGAACAGAUCAGGGACCUGCUACCACUGCGGGGGAAGCUGGUGCUUGUGUCGAAACAGUGUGAAAAGAAGAUUCUGGAGCAGAGAGUUCAGGAAAGAGAAGAGAUCCGAACUCUGAAGCGAGAGAGUCAGCGUCUGCAGCGUGUCAUUGAGAGUAUGAGAGAACAACAGACUGCUCUGCAGAUUCAGGACACAACUGGAAGACACGAAGUGUUCCUGAGUCUAGUUAAAAAACAAGCUACUUCUGAGAGGCCGCAGUACAACAGUGAGCUGAGAGUGCAACUGGAAUGCAAAGGAGAAAUGGAUGCAGAGCACCUCUGGGCUGCCUUCAAGACUAUCCAUCCCUCACUGGAUUCUGAAACUCUGGACUGGAAUAUCAGUGUAGUUUUUUCAGACAAAGCGGUGUGAAUUACAAGCUCUAGCUUUGAACGCAGAAGUUGUGCUACAGCGUCUCUCUGUGGCUAAUGUAAAAAGGGCAGGGCCAAAGCGAUGACCAUUUGUUACAAGCACAUUUCCAAUCUUUUUAUAUAGCACACUACUACAUAUACAAACCAACCACAGCACUAAGGUAUAGAAACACCUCUGUAUUCAUAGUUUGCAUAUUGUUAUGUAAUUAGAUAAAUCACAUAUCGAGAAUGAAACAGUAAUACAAUUAUUUUAAAAUAUAAUUUAAAAUGCUUCUGUAUGUUGCUUUAACAUGUUUUUGCUUAAAAAGAAAAGUUACCGCCAUGCUUGUUAUAUUGAUCUUUUAUAUCUAAAUCAACGAAGCUCUAUUAAUUUGUACUGUCCACUACAGAUUACUUAUUUUCAGGUCAGUAAAUGGUACCUUUAUAUUUAUUUGCUUGUCAGUUUUAUUUAAUGUAUUUUAUUUUAUUUAAUUGAAUGUAAUUUAUUAUAAACAAGAGCUCCAUUUUUCACAUGGUAAAUGCAAAGAAGCACUGCAUUUGUGAGACUAAUUGAAAACUAAACUGAAAUUUUCUGCACAUGUAAUUUUAUUUAACAGAACAGAAUUUAAGCUUUAUU